AUGGUUGAAAGCUUAACACAAUCUGGCAAGAAGACCGCCUUUUUAAUUGGUUGCACAUGUGUUGGUGCACUGGUCGCCUACAGGUACUGGAAAAAGAGAGAACUCAGGUCGAUCGACGAAGGCUUCGAAGAAGUUACCAAGAUCGGGGACAGCUAUGAGCGAAGAGUUCUCCUGCUCGGCUUGGACGGUGCUGGAAAAACUUCAGUGAUGAACCAAGCGAUUGCCUCUACGGAUGAGAAAAGCUUAUAUAUUGUCCCGCCAGUACCUACGCAUGGCUUUCGUGUAUAUGUGUUAAAGUAUGGGCCCUAUACUUUUAAUAUUUGGGAAAUCGGAGGAGCAGACGACACUAGGAAGUAUUGGAGCAACUUUCUACAAGACACCGACUUGUUGGUUUUUAUGGUAGAUGCUUCGGACACAAAUAAACUGUCGCAUGCCGUGUCCGAGCUCAAACAGCUCUUGGGUGAUUCCAGAAUGGACAACGUACCGAUCCUAGUUAUUGCAAACAAGCAGGAUCAAUUGGAUGCUCUAAGGCCAAACGAGGUGAAGGAAGCUCUUGAUCUCGUCAGUAUAGCUCCUAAAAAACACAAAGUCGAAGUAAUCGGAUGUCAAACUCGACCUUUACCGGAACUCCCAACUGAAUGUGCUGACUUUAAUUGGCAUCAUCCUUCCGUGGAUGUUGUACGAAAGAAAAUAUUUUCUAUGGCUACGUCUUCCUAGAAUUAAUUUAUUAUCAUUUUAAGAUAUGAAUUAUUUUGCUGAUAAAGAGAGGAAAAAGACUAUUUUUAUUUUGAGUUAUGGAGAUCGUAAUGGAAGAUGUUAUGAACGUCGUACAUUCGAACAGAGAUUCAAUGUCAUUCUUUAUUAUAGAUGUGUAACUCGAAUGCAGCAAAUGUUACCUAUACUGUUAAUUAUUGUCUUUCGGUAAUUGUCGCAACUAAUAGCACGACUUUAAACUAUAGUUGUCAAAAGAAUAACAAAGCAAGGAACGAAAUGUCUCAAAGUUUAUGCAUAUCACUUUGGAGUAACUGCAUAGCACAGUGGUAGAAAUUUCUACACUUUUGAUAUUUCCUUUCGAAUGUUGUUUAGAUACGAAUGCAACGCCACCUGUAUGAAAUAAAUUGUUCGAUGUAAA